CGCGCACUGAGCUUCAUGAGAAAUGAAGGCGUAGUGUCAUAGUGUAACAUAUCACUAGUAGCCAAUCGAAUGCAUUUAUAGAUGUUGAGGGGGCGGGGUUUUAACUUGGCUUACGUCCUAGCAUGUCCUAUGUAACUUACAACGCAAUAUAAUGUAAACAAAAACCGUAACAGAUAUACAAACUAAUGGCGUGUUUAUUUUAUAGCGGUUGCAGAUUGGUGUAAAGAUUAGAAUGAGCUGAGAGUUGCUUGAGUUUCGUUUUCAGAUGGAUGCUUCUGGAUCACAACAACUGCUCGAUGAUGACUGGGAUGACAUUAGCGACUCAGAAUUUCUCAACAUCCCUUGCGAGCAACAAGACAUAGAUCCCCAGCGUCCUCUUAGUAGUGAAACUGACGGUGAACACUCAGUGGACUUUGACAGCCCCAGUGUGUCCACUUUAUCAGUGUACAACCAUAAUGAAGAGGCUUUGGGGCAGGAAACAGUAAAAACUGAUUAUGCAAGGGGUUUAAAGAGAAAGAGCCUCCAUGAAAACCGCUUCAGCCCAAUGCAACGCUUCUUCAAGCGGCAUCUGAGUGUGACCCUCCUGUGUGACCAGUCUUGGUGUGAGAUGAAGACUGUUUACAGUCUUUUGAAGCCACAUCUCAAAAGAAAAGACCUGCAACGCACUGAGGUGCAAAGAGGAAAAGAAAUACAUUUAUCAAGAGAACUGGAGAUACAGGACACUGUUCCUAUAGAUAUUCGGACUAGAGAGGAUGCAGAAGCCAUCAAACUUCUCAACAUGUUACACAUGAUUCCACUGUUAGAAGCAGGAGAACGUGUGCGAGAGUUCCCUGUGUUUGGUGUGCAGGAAGGUGUUUUUGUCAUGGGGGUCAUUGACGAGCUGAUGUAUAACCAGAAGGGGGAGCUGGUCGUAAAUGAGCUCAAGACACGCAAAUACAACUCCAUGCCUAGUUCUGCACAAGACAAAGUCAACUGCUUUCAGGUGGGCCUGUAUAAAUUACUAUUUGAUGGACUGGUGAGAGGGGAAGUGAAGAAAGACCAUGUUUUAAGUCACCUUAAACUGCGUUCAUCUCAAGUACUUGGAGCAAGAGUCCAGGCCCAUGCUAAAAGCAUUGGGGUUCAGGUGACUACCUUUGAGGAACUGCUUGAUGCCCUACUAAUAACUGUGUCAUGUUCUGAUCUUCCAUGCGUUGACAUGCUUCAGCUUGAAUACUAUCACCAAGGCUCUAGUGGACCCAUUGGGAACAGAGUCGCUCCUUUCGAUGAAGCCCAACUACGAGCAGAGCUUCAGAGUUAUCUGGCCUACUGGACAGGCCAGAGGGAACCCAAAGGGGUGGACAUAGAGGAGGCCUGGAAAUGUAGAUCAUGCCUGUAUGAACAGACUUGUGAUUGGAGAAAGAAUAGAUCACAAGUAUCUGACCAACAAGCAGCUCAUGCUAGCUCUUGCUCAUGAUUUAGUUUAUACAAACAUUUGUAUGUGGUGACUGUUGAUUACUUUUGUCAUAUUUUUAGCUUUUAAGUUUUAUACUCUUAUUAUUGUCUAAUAUUUUCUAUUGAAGUCUUUCAGUUUUAAAUAAUGUUGAUGUGAUGUGAAUGUUAUUGUGCAACUCUAUAAUGACUGUGAGUGAUGCGUUGUGAAUUCAUAAAACAUGAUUUAAUUUAUAAUGCAA